CAACAAUCAUGAGCAAAAUACUGCAAAUUAUCAAUGUCAUAAAUGUCAGAAAAUAGUUAUAUUUAUUUUGAUUUUUCACCUUUGAUGGUAUAAAAUGUACGUAAUUGUAAAGAUUGUUUCCACAAUAUUCGUGUACUAUAGAAGAUAAUUAAUUCUGAGUUAUAGUGACUAUACAUAAAUGCAUCCGGUAUGCUGAAUUGCAUGUUAUUCAUCUAAUGCAGAUCUAAUGUAAAAGAUAAGUGGGCCAAAACUACAUAUUCAUACAAGUUGCUACAAAGAAAUGACCCUGAUCGAAGCUUUGAGUGAUGAAGUAUUUCAUUUCUUGAUAGCCUUCUUCGUCAUUGGCAUUGUGUCUUUUGCUUGGUGGACUACCAAUAUCAAUGAACAGAGACACAUAAGGACUGUUUUGUUGCUGGAGAGGACCAUAAGACAUAGGUUUCAUAGAAGACUCACCAACCAUACUGAAGCUAUUACAAUAUCUGAGGGUACCAGUGAUCCACCAGCAGUUUCUGAAGAAGUAACACCUACUACAGAACUUCCUCCUAAUACAGAGCAGUCUCCAGACACUGAUAAACCUCCAGAAGCCAGUACAAGCAAUAAUCCUUCAACUCCUCAAGUUGAUGAUUUGGUAGAUGGUGAUAAUAGAGAAGAACAAAGUAUUAUCAAUACAAUGGAUGCAGACACCUGUGUUGUGAGACAGAGGAGACUGGCAUUUUAUGAUAAUCUGAGGAAUGAAACCCAAAAUCAAGAACCAACCACCUCCUGUUCUGGAAUUUAUGAGCCUGCAGGAGUUCCAUCCCAAGCAACUUCAAGUGUUGAAACUGAAGAUAGCCCCAAUAAUUGUGAAGUUGGUGAUACCAAGAAUACAGAGGAGGGCAAAUCUGGCUUGACCAUCAAACUGAAAUACAUUAAUGAUGAUAUAAGGAUAGUGGAGGGUAGCUUCACUGAAUCUUUGGAGGAUUUUAAAAAGCGCCACUUCGAGCAAGAACUCUCCGCCAACAAGCUCAUCCGGCUCAUCUUCAACGGGCAAGUGCUACAGCCAGACACACAAACCCUCAAACACUGCGGCCUGUUCGACAAUUGCGUCGUGCACUGUCUGGUGCACCCCAAAAGGCAGCCGCCCGCCGACGCCACUGUGGUGGAGAGCCGCAGCGAGGGGUAUUCUUUCCCCAAUAUUGGGGGAGAUGCUGAUAGGAACAGGGACUGGGACCUGGGGAACUUUCUGUUUGCUUUUAUCAGUUUGAUGCUGUUGGCCGCUUGGUAUUUCAGGUAUGUGUAUGCCCAUUUGUACACAGUGACAGCCACGGUGGGUUUGAUCCUGAUCACGGGCAUAUUCACCAUUGUUCUGGUCGGCAUGUACUUCCCCGAUAACGAGAAUUUUCCCAACCCGACUAUCCAUAUACGGGAAAGGGUGUCGACUACAGGGUCGCCACCACGUCAGUAAUCACAUCGGAGUUAUGUACUUACGUUUACCUACCUACUGUUUUUUUUUUAUUUACAACUGGAGACCAUAUUAUAUUUUCGUUGAUUCUUUUAAGGCUUGUGUAUAAUAUUAUAAUUGUAAGUUUAAAUUGUAUGCGUUAUUUAAUGAGUAAAUAAGAUUUGUUGAUCUUUGUAAU